AAAAAAAAAAAAAAAAACAAACAAUCCUCACAUCUUUCUCUCUUUUCCUCUCUGUCUAUCUGGAAGGAAAAAUCAAGGAAAAAGUAACCAAAUACACCGAAAACAACACAAUCUGCAUCAACAGGAAACAAGAAACAAACCCAGUUUCAUAUUAUAAGAUAAUUUUCUGUCCUUCACCUACCUUCAAAAAGCUACAAAAUAAUCCGCCCCAAUUGUUUUUCUUGUUGCCGGAAUUUCUUCCGUUCAUCAGAAUCAUCAUCGGAUCAUUUGCAGCCUCGAAUUGAACGGUUAGGGUUGUUUCUUGUUUUCUUUAUUUUAAUCUUUGGUUUCGGUUGGUAAUUAAAGUCUUGAUUUUUGACAACCCUUUUGUAAGGUCAAGAUCGUUUCCAUUUUGAUCUUUCAAAAGAAACCUUUCUUUCUAACCCAGAGAACAGAGAGGGAAAACCCUAAUCAUUUAAUUUUGUUAUUUCUUGAGCUGCAUCGAUGGCAGAUUUCGAAAAUAACAAGGAAUUCGCUGGUAAAUCGAAAACUAGCACCAUAGCCUCCUCUUUCUUUAACCGUUCCCUUACAAUUCACUCGACAAAAUCAUCAGCCAUAGAUUAUCUUCAUUCUCCCUCCUCAAGAUUAUACAAUUCCUUCGAAUCCAUGAAAGGGAAGGUUAAAAAGCUACGAAAUUUAUUUGAACCAUCAAAAUCCCCCAAAUCAAUCCUCAAUGAACACCAAUCCCAAUUACUUACGCAAGCCAGCAAGCUUAAAUCCGUGAAAUCGAUGGGGCCUGAAUAUAGUAGGUACUCUCUUGGGUACCUCAAUAGCGGAAUAAAAUUACCAGGUACAGAGGAUAGAAUUGUGGUUUAUGUCACUAGUUUGCGUGGGGUUCGAAGGACUUAUGAGGAUUGUUACGCAGUUAGGAUGAUAUUUAGAGGGUUUAGGGUGUGGAUUGAUGAGAGGGAUAUCUCCAUGGAUUCAGCUUAUAGAAAGGAGUUGCAAAGUUUGCUGGGAGAGAGUUUUGUGAGUUUGCCACAGGUGUUUAUAAGGGGAAACCAUAUGGGUGGAGCUGAGGUGAUUAAGCAAAUGUUUGAGACUGGUGAAUUAGCCAAGAUUCUUGAUGGGUUUCCAAGAAGACAAACGGGGUUUGUUUGUGAAGGAUGUGGGGAUGUGAGGUUUGUUCCGUGUGGAAAUUGUAGUGGCAGUAGGAAAGUGUUUGACGAAGACGAAGGGGUGCCUAAGAGGUGUUUGGAGUGCAAUGAGAAUGGGUUGAUUCGUUGCCCGGAUUGCUGUUCAUGAUCUUCCUGCUGUACACAUAUGAUUUGGUGUUUGGUUUUGGAUGUUUUUUUGAUGUAUGUAUGAAUGUGGAUGAUGUAUUAAGGGUUGAAUUCAAAAUAUUGCUAUUUGGAUUCAUGGGCUUUUUCCUUUCUCAUUUUAUUGUUGUAUGAUCAUCGGUUAGGGGAUCGGUGUUCAUUUUUCUGUGAAGAGUGUCAUGAGAAAAUAAUGGUCUGUGUUAUCAAAACAUCAAACUUGUUUGCGUGUUUUGCUAAUAAUUUAUUCAAGGAGAGACUUUCUCCUUUAUGGCAUUGUAAAUAUUUAGUGGAAAUGUAAUGCAAAAAAAGAACAAAAAAGCCAAUGUCCAAUGGAUGGAUUGUAAUGAGAAUGGGUGUGUUUUAUUCCCUAUCA